CGUUUCCACGUGUUUUAUUUUCAAGAUGGCGGACACAACGUUAGUUUAUGAAGGAUGCAAUUAUUUUCGUCUAAGACUCGUUCUCGCCACUCUCAGCAGCCGGCCAGUGAGAAUAAAGAAUAUAAGAACAGAUGACGAUAAUCCUGGACUUAAAGAUUUUGAGGCUAAUUUUAUUCGUYUUAUGGACAAGUUAACCAAUGGUUCACAUAUCGAAGUGAAUGAAACAGGUACAAGCAUCUAUUACAAGCCAGGACUUUUAGCUGGUGGCACUAUUGACCACGAAUGCAAUUCACAAAGAGCUAUUGGCUAUUACCUCGAGGGUGUUGUCAUGUUGGCACCAUUUUGUAAGAAGCCUUUACGACUGACAAUGAGAGGAGUUACUAAUGAUACUUUUGACCCAUCGGUAGAUGUUAUCAAAAUGGUUACUAUUCCUUUGCUAAAAAGAUUUGUUGUGGAUGACAAAGGUCUUGAUAUUAAAAUUAGCAAGAGAGGUAGCCCUCCUGAUGGYGGUGGACAGAUUUUCUUUUCAUGUCCAGUUAGAAAAACCCUUAGACCAUUACAGUUUACAGAUCCAGGGAAAAUAAAAAGAAUAAGAGGMCUUGCCUAUGCUACUAGAGUGUCUCCAUCUAUGGUGAACAGAGUGGUUGAUGCUACCAGAGGUGUCUUGAAUCAGUUUGUAUCAGAUAUAUACAUUUAUACUGACCACUGCCGAGGACAACAAGCAGGAAAAUCAUCUGGGUUUGGGUUAUCAUURGUAGCAGAGACAACUAAAGGAGCUGUACUUGGUGCACAGUGUUCAUCAAACCUGCCAGGGCAAGGAGAACCAACAAUAGCAGAAGAUCUAGGGAAAAAGACAGCACACAUGCUACUGGAUGAAAUAUAUAAGGGAGGAUCUGUUGACUCUAGACACCAAAGUCUUGUGUUACUCUUUAUGGCCAUGGGACAACCAGAUGUUUCUAAGGUUCUUACAGGACCACUUACACCCUACACAAUUCAAUUCCUAAGGUAUCUAAAAGACUUCACAGGAGUAAUGUUCAAGAUUCAAACACAAGAAAAAGAUUCUGAAGAYGACAGCAGGACUGGAGGACCAACUAAAAUAUUACUUUCCUGUGUCGGCAUGGGCUUUACUAACAUUAAUAAAUCCAUUACRUAAUUGUUACAUAUUUAUACUUUUUAUUAUAUUUGAAUAAAAGAAAAGAUACUGAUGGACAAAUAUUUUAUUUCACAUUAUUAUUGCGUGGUCAUGGAUGGGUUGUUGAUAAAAGCACCUUUGACUAUUGUGCUUGAGGAAAAUCAUCAUCAUCAGCCAACUUCUGUUGAGAUCAGAAUAUUUCACUAUUAUAAGUUAGUGUGUCUUGUUCAUCAUUGCAAGCCCAGGUUUGUCUAGUAUUCAGCCAGUGACCUUCCAAUCUUCAUUCAUUUGAUGAUCUUAUCUGUGUGAAUAGUUUUUAUCAUCCAUUAUAUGAAAAUUCCUGUAACUUUACAUUAUUAAGCUUGUAUAAAUAGCUUGUCUAAACUUCAAAAAUAUCGUGCUGUGGCCAUAUAUCCUGGCAUCAAAACAUUACUAGCUAAUAAUGUAGUGCUUAGUAUUAUUUAGUUAUCAACUAUUGAGUUGUUAAAUUCACUCCGCGUGAACCAAACAAAGACACAAAGUAUUUGCUUUGUUCCCAAUGCUCUGCUUCAAUGAUAUCUACUCUUUCCAUUAGACGAACAUUAUGUAGUUGGUUUUGUUUAACAGAUAUAUGGCAUGCACUUUAUUACUGUACUUUCUCUCUUACUCUUAUAAAUUUAAGUCUGUUUGAAUUACCACAGGGGAUGGUGUCGGGAGGGUCAUAACAUAGUCAACUCAAACACUCGGAAAGGCAAAACACUAAACAUUUUUGAAGCAACAAUAGACCCUUUUCGAGUUCCAAAUUA